GGAAGAGUAAAGUUUAACCUCUGAACUGAGAUCAGGUACUCCACUUCUCUAACAAUAAAUAUCGCAGUUUGGGUCGCAUUAACUGAUCUGAGAUAACCCUCUAACAUCGUUUUAAAGAUGGCAGCCUCCUUCGGACGUUUAUUGAAACCUUGGAAAUCGAGUCUGUGUUUCGUGAGAUGGAGUCGGUAUAACCCAUACUAUCUGGAUCCUGAUCCCAGUAAAGAUGCUCACAGUGUUCCAGAAUCAGAUCUCAGUCCUGAACAGAAAGAGUUGAGAGAACUCAAAACAGUGAGACCAAUAAAAGCUGCUUUAUCAAGCGCCACCAGCUCUCCUUUCGACGACCCUGUGAUCAGCAAGUUUAUUAACAUGAUGAUGCAGGAUGGGAAUAAAAUCCUUGCUAGAGGAAUCGUGACACAGACACUGGAGACCAUGAAGAGGAGACAGGUGGAGAAAUAUCACAAAUCUCCUCCAAACAAGAGAGAAGACAUUGAGUGUAAUCCGUACGCCAUCUUCCAUCAGGCCCUAGAAAACUGCAAACCCAUCAUUGGUCUGGCCAGCAUUCAGAAAGGAGGAAAGUUCUACCAGGUGCCCGUCCCGCUCACAGAUAACCGAAAGCGUUUUCUGGCCAUGAAGUGGAUGAUCACAGAAUGCAGAGACAACAAACACCGUCGCACACACAUGUAUGAAAAACUCUCACAGGAGCUGCUGGCUGCCUUCUCUAAUGAAGGAAACGUAGUGAAGCGCAAGCACGACCUUCACAAGAUGGCCGAAGCCAACCGGGCAUACGCUCACUACCGCUGGUGGUAGAGAGAGAGGGAUGAUCUAGACACAUAGACAAUGGACAUUCUCACUUCUCACUAGCUGCAUCAAGAAUUCUGGUGGACAUUUAUCCAGAAAAAAUAAGAGACAUUACAGUGUUUGUUAUCUUGUAACUGCAGUUUGUCUUUGUAUAAAAAAUAAAAUGAAAGUUCAAAGAAA